AUGCGCUCUCUUCUGCUGCUAGGCCUCCUUGGGGCCUCGUUGCCUGUUCACAGUCAUCCCACCCAGAACUUCAAGUCGAACCUUCGACGCCGGACGGUAGACCUCAACGCGUACAGGCUCACGCAGGUUGCCGAGUACAGCAGCAAGGCCGCGACAAGCGCCAACCCGGCCGUCCGUCUCCUAAAGCGUGAUUCGUACGUCGAUACCGCGACCGAGCUCUUGAAGAGCGUUGUGCCCGAGGCCACGUACCGCCUGGUCAGCGACCACUACGUUGGCAACAACGGCGUCGCCCACGUCAACUUCAAGCAGACGGCCCACGGGCUCGACAUUGACAACGCCGACUUCAAUGUCAACAUCGCCGCCGACGGAACCGUGUUCUCGUAUGGUAACUCGUUCUUCACGGGUGCCAUCCCCGAGGACAGUCCGCUGAAGAAGCGUGCUUUCUCGGAUGCCACGCAAGCUCUGACUGGCGCGACCACGAUCCUAGAUCUGCCUGUCACCGGCGAGGCAACAGCUGAGCCCGUCGAGGGCACCGAGACGUACGUGCUCAAGGGAACUUCAGGCGCACAGAAGGACCCGGAGGCUCGCCUAGUCUACCUGGUCAAGUCGGAUGGCGACCUUGCUCUCACCUGGAGAGUCGAGACUGACAUUCUCGACAACUGGCUGCUUUCUUACGUCGAUGCGGCGACGACCCAGGAAAUCCACGGUGUCGUUGACUGGGUUGCCGAGGCGACCUACGAAGUCUUCCCAUGGGGAAUCAACGACCCUGAUGAGGGCUCCCGCGUAGUCAUCGAGGACCCAUGGGACCUCGAAGCGUCCGAGUUCACCUGGCACUCGGACGGAAAAACAGAGUACGAUACCACUCGCGGCAACAACGCCAUCGCGCAGACCAACCCCGACGGUGGAAGCGAUUACCUCAACAACUUCCGCCCUGAGAGUUCGACACUCGACUUCGAAUACGACUGGAGUGCGAGCUUGACUCCGCCAUCGGUCUACGCUGAUGCCUCGGUUACGCAGCUUUUCUACACGGCCAACACGUACCACGACGUCCUGUACGACCUUGGUUUCACCGAGGCCGCCGGUAACUUUGAGACCAACAACGACGGCCAAGGUGGCGUUGGCAACGACUUCGCCAUUCUCAAUUCUCAGGACGGCUCCGGAACCAACAACGCAAACUUCGCGACGCCCCCCGAUGGACAGAACGGGCGCAUGCGAAUGUACCUCUGGACGUACUCCACGCCCCAGAGAGACUGUGCCUUUGAGGCCGGUGUGGUGAUUCACGAGUACACCCACGGAGUGUCCAACCGCCUGACCGGUGGCCCCGCCAACACCAACUGCCUGACGACGACCGAGGCCGGGGGUAUGGGUGAGGGAUGGGGUGACUUCAUGGCGACGGCCAUCCGGCUGAAGGAGGGAGACACUCGCGAGACCGACUACAGCAUCGGCGCGUGGGUCUACAACGACCCCAACGGCAUCCGAAACUACCUCUACUCGACCGACCUGGACGUGAACCCGUACAUGUACACGACGCUGAACACGUACGACGAGGUGCACGACUUCGGUGAGGUGUGGGCGACGAUGCUGUACGAGGUCAUGUGGAACCUGAUCGACAAGCACGGCCUCAACCUCGACGCGAAGCCCACCUUCGACUCGGCCGGGGUGCCGACGGAUGGCAAGUUCUUGACUAUGAAGCUCGUGAUUGACGGCAUGGCCAUCCAACCUUGCAACCCCAACUUCGUCCAAGCCCGAGACGCCAUCUUGGACGCCGACGAUGCCUUGACGGGCGGUGACAACGUGUGCGAGAUCUGGACGGCAUUUGCCAAGAGAGGUCUUGGAGAAGGUGCCGUCUGGUCGCGGACCAACCGCAUUGGAAGCAACGCGAUCCCCAGCGGCGUCUGCUAG